AUGUCAGCUCCGGCGCAGGACCAGCCGGCCGCCCACCACGCUGCGGCGCCGCCAAGCUUCCCGUCGUCCGCCGCCGACCGCCUCGACCCUGAACGCGCGAGAGAACCGGCGCAGAAGCUGUGGGGCAGCGUGCUGGUGCCCAACAAUGGCUCGACAGCUCGCGACUACUGCGCUCGCGAGCGCAACUUUCUCUCCAUGAUCAAGACGGCGACAAUCCUCGCGCUCGUGUCCGCGUCGUUGCUCAUACGGUUCCAGUUCGGCGAGCAGGUGUCGAUGCCGCAGUUUGAGCGAUACGCGCAGACCCCUCUCGGCGUCCUCUUCUUCGUCGCAUGCCUCGUCACGCUCGCAGCCGGGACGUUUACCUUCUACAGCACCUCGUCCGGGUACGAGCACCGCCGCGCGUUCGUCUACGCCGGCAGGUCGACCGAUGCUGCGCUCGUGGGGGUCACCGUGCUCAUCUUUACGACGUGCGUCGUGCUGCUCGUGGCGAACGCGUGA